GACAUUUUGUCAACGUGGCGUUUGUGAUGGUGGCUCUGUGAAGAAAACGCAAACGCCUGAGCGAAAGUAAUAUCAAAGUUUAGAGUAAAUAAGUUUUAGUACAACCAUUUAUUAAGUAAACGUAAAUAAGAAAUAACACUGUUGCUUAAAAAUGCCACCUAAACGGAAAAAGAAUAUCAAAGUUACAAGAAAUUAUAAUCGUAAAGUAACGAAAAAAAUGAGACCUAUUAAAUCUGAGGUGAAGGAAGAAAUUGCUCUUGGUAAUGAAGAUAUUCCAGUAUGCACUGUGUGUAAUAGCGGUCCUGGUAGAUAUUGCCAAUGUCAGCAAAGACUUCUGGACAAAAUAGGACCCAAAAGAAAGGCCAUUAUAAAAUGUCAGAAAUGCCCUAAAAUAUACAAGUUUAAAAAGAGGUAUUUGCAGCAUUGUUUAAAUGAACAUUCCACAACACCUGGCAGUGUGUCUUGUGCGCAGUGCAGCGUCACUUGUCCUGACAAGAAAGUGUUAGCUAAACACAUCGAGCAUACCCACAAUCGCAAAGAAUUUGAGUGUCCCCGGUGCUCCAAGAAGUUUGUGAGACACGCUCAUGUGUUGAGGCACUUGUCCCAGAGCGGCUGUAAUGGUUCUCCAGCAGCGUCAUAUCCGUGUGAGAUAUGCAAUUCUACAUUUUCUAGAAAAGAUAACCUGAUAGUGCACCUUCGCUAUCAACAUAUUUUAAAUAAUGGAUAUGCAUGUAAACUAUGUGAAUAUGGAUCCAAGAAUUUCUCUAAACUCGUCAAGCAUUGGAUUUACACUCAUAAUGAUCCGCUGAAGUUUGAAUGUGACAUUUGUGGGAAGUUCACAUCUUCCCGAACCUCAAUGGCUAAACAUUUGGAAAUCCAUGGAGAAAAGAAAUAUAUCUGUACUACGUGCGGCUACAGCACGUUCACGGCGGAGGUGCUGAAGCGGCACUCGCUGACGCACGUGGCCGACAAGCCGCACAAGUGCGAGAUCUGCGGCCAGUCCUACAUCCAACGCCAGCAGCUCAUGCGCCACCUGGAGCGCCACGUCUCCAGCCACUGCAACACCUGCGGCCGCAAGUUCAACUCCAAAGCCAGAUUACUUAUUCAUCAGCGCGUACAUAUGGGAUUGGAUCGCCUCGUUUGCCCAUUCGAUACAUGCCCGAAUUCAAGAAAGGAGUUCUCCAAUGAAAUCAGCCUUCAUAACCAUGUGCAGGGCCAUUUGAACAAAAAGAAGUUCCCAUGCGAAGUGUGCGGCAAAGAGUACUUCUCGGACGUGAACAUGCGGCGCCACCUGUCCACGCACCGCCUGGACAAGCCGCGCCGCUGCAUGUACUGCGUCACCGCGCGCGCCUACAUCCGCGGCGAGCAGCUGGUGCGCCACGUGCGCCAGCACCACCCCGACCUGUUCAGCACGCACCUCGCGCACGUGCGCCAGGUCAUGGGAACGAACUUGGCAAUAGACCGAGUGAAGAAGUCUGAGCUGGAGUCGAUCCUGAACCUGCUGGACGCGGAGUCGGAGCGCAUCCUGGACGGCUACGGCGGCUCCGACGUGCUGUACGGCGGCAUGCAGGAGGACCCCGCGCUCGCCGCGCCUGCUGGCGAGGUACCUGUCAAAUCGGAGCCUUUCCCGCUUAUGUCCGAAGAGCAGCUUGAGAACAAUUUGAAAAAGUUGCUGUCACAAUUGAUCGAUCAAGAUACUUUGGAAUGCUUCGGAUGGCCUGAUGACAGCAUCGAUUCGGUAAGUGCGACUACCUACGAUCACUUUUCUAGACUGUGCAAAUCUUUUGCCUUUGUUUAGUUAAAACCUUCUUUU